GAUCAAACCCAACACGUGUGACAGAAAUGGGUGGGGCGGGGGACUGUAAACACCAACUGUGCCGCUCGGCUUACUUUCUGACUUGAUUUAUGAGAUAGAUGACUUAGCCGUGACAUCAGAUGCUAACUCUAGCUCAGAUCAACAAACAUGUUCCGUUAGCGCACAAAACUCGAAACACAAAAUGCGAUGCUAUCUCCACGCAUUUCUCCUGUGCAUGGUUUUCACCUUCUUUUCGCUGUUGUAUGUGUGCAGUCAACUAGCCUCCACCUUGGAGGAGGGAGACGACUGGAGCCUGAGAGAACAGGGGAUACCCGACAGGAGCGCUCAUGACAGCGGGCACCCUCUCAGGAAACGCCCAGGACUGGCAGGCCUCCGAGACAGCGAAGGACUUGACAGGUGUAAAUCAGGGUCAGUUUCUUACUGGAAUCCAUAUUGGAGACUGCCUGCUGAUGUUUGUGGAGUGAACUGCUUAUUGGAAUCACCUCUUAGAGUGAAGUCAGGCUCAGCAGUCACGGAACACAGUGAUGGGAGAGGUCAUCUGGCUGUGGUGGCCUGCGGCCCCCGGCUGGAGGAGACUCUAACCAUGCUGAAGUCUGCUGUUCUCUUUAGCAAAAAGCCUCUGCACUUUUACAUCUUUGCUGAAGAUGAGCUACAUAACAGUUUCAGAAAUGCUCUGGACUCUUGGCCCAGGACAGUUCAGGCCAAAUUUAACUUCACCAUCUACCCCAUUAGUUUUCCCAAGGAAAAUGCUAAGGAGUGGAAAAAGCUUUUCAAACCUUGUGCCUCUCAGAGGCUCUUCCUGCCGCUGAUCCUGAAGGAAGUGGAUUCUUUGCUCUAUGUGGACACAGAUAUCCUUUUUCUGCGGCCGGUAGAGGACAUCUGGGCCCUCCUUUCUCAGUUCAAUUCGAGCCAGUUAGCUGCCAUGGCUCCAGAGCACGAGGAGCCACGCAUUGGCUGGUACAACCGUUUCGCCCGCCACCCAUACUACGGCAAAACAGGCAUCAACUCAGGGGUCAUGCUGAUGAACAUGACACGCCUCAGGGAGAAAUUUUUUAAGAACGACAUGACAACAGUUGCACUGCGAUGGAAUGAAAUUCUGAUGCCCCUUCUCCAAAAGUAUAAACUCAAUAUCACGUGGGGUGACCAGGACCUUCUUAAUAUCAUAUUUCACCACAACCCAGAAAGCCUGUAUGUGUUCCCCUGCCAGUGGAACUACCGUCCAGACCACUGCAUCUAUGGCAGCAACUGUCAACAGGCUGAGCAAGAAGGUGUUUUCAUUCUCCAUGGUAACAGGGGAGUUUACCAUGAUAACAAGCAGCCAGCAUUUCGAGCUGUCUACGAGGCCAUCCAAAAGCACCCGUUUGGUGAAAGCAUGGAGACUUCACUGCUUUUGCCACUGGAAGCGUCACUAAAGACCACCACAAGUAGCUACUGUGGAAGAGCCAGUCACCUGUUUACCAAGAAGUUAAAACAGAGCAUCGCGUCUGUUCAGCAAGACACCACACUGAGAGGAUGAUCAGCACGUCGCUCUAAUAUCAUUCCGUGAUUAGCGUCUGAUUAGUGAUUUGGAUUUAAGACACUCCUGUGGAGACAAUGAGCUGGAUGAUUAACAGACUCAGGUCAACACUGAACAAUCAUCUGUUUACAAACUGCAUAUCAAGACUUGGGGAAAAAGAGAGGGCUCAUCAUUUUGUUUUUAAGUAAAGCCAAUGUCUGUACAUUUCUGUCCAGUGAACACAAUCUGGCCACAGAUGCUUUCUCACGGUUGUGGAAAAUGCACUGAAUCCACUUUGCCCUGUUGAGAUUUUGGACUGCAUUGAUCCUAUUCACACGGUGGCCAUUUUCCUCUGACAUCAUGCUCAGGAUGGAAAGCUGCAGGUUGCAGGGGAGUAUAAACGUAGGGAAUCCGCCAAAUUGUUAUCAUUUCAUCACUUUCCAAAUUAGAUACAAACUGAAAAGUUGGUGGACAAUGAAUAUCUGGAGAGAAAGUGAGCCACGUUUUGAGGUAAUAUCACAUAUUUACAAAAACUUAUUAGCACUUCAAAACCACUUCCUCACUAACUUUACUGUUUGGUUACAUCCAAUGUGUUUCACUUCCAGGCUUAAAUAAAUGUUUUCCAGUUAGUUGUAAGUGGUUGAAUGCCAACGUUUGCUGUUGUCUAACAGACGCUAAUGGGUCAUAAAAUAUGCUGUUUUAUCUUGAAAAAUGGCCUCGAUGUCCUGCGGGAUGUUCACUGACCUUUGUCUUUUCAGUUGCUGAUUAAUGUGGACACAGUGAAAUGAUAACAGUUUGUCAGAUUGACUAAAUGUAUAUGGUUUGCGAUCUGAUCUGAUCUGAUGUAGUCAAAAGGUGAUGAGAAGAACACUUACUGUAGUCCAAACAAUUAUGUUGUUUUGCAGAACCUGCCAUCAUUUGUACAAUUGUUAAAGGUCUUUGGGGGGAAAAAAUGCAGCAUGGUACUUUAAUAUGCUGUUCUUAUUGAGAGUAUUUUAUUAGAGUUGUUUUAAUAUAAUUUUGCAUUCAGGCUUUGUAAUAGUGUUUUUGUCACUCCAGUAUAUCAUGAAGAAAUGUGGUUGUUAUUUUCAGGUACUUGUUAGUUCUCCGGGAUUUCUCUUCCUGUUUUUUUACCGAAUGGAAAAAAUGCUCAUUAAGAAUACUUUAGAUUCUGAUCUGUAUUUAUUAUUGUUGGACAUGUUUCAGGAAGCACUUUCCUUUCGUUUCACAUACUCUGGUGUGGGAUUUUUCAAAGCAUUGUAUAUUGUACGUUGUUUUUGUAUUUACGUAUUUACCAAUAUCAAUAAUAAUAUACGUAUUUACCUAAAACUGGAACAAAGGUAGCGAGGAGCAGGUAGUUUUUAAUCAAACCAGCUAGUAUCAGGAAAUCUGCCUCCGGACAGGUUUAUCAAAUAUUUGCACUAUUGAUUUGAGUAAUCAAGAAUUGUAAGAAAACAUAAUCAUAUCGGUUAUAUUAACAUUUUACUGAAAAGCCAGCAUAGAUGUUCAAAUGUAUAUCAGAUGAAUGGGAAAUAAAUAUUUUAUUAAAAUCA